AUGGCGAAGUGUAAGAACUGCGGCCACACGGAGAUAGUAGUGGACCUGUCCAACGCGAACAACGACCGCGUGUGCAAGGCAUGCGGCGUGGUGUCGGAGGACAACCCGAUCGUGUCGGAGGUGACCUUUGGAGAGACGAGCUCGGGCGCGGCGGUCGUGCAGGGGUCGUUCGUCGCGGCGGGGCAGGCGCACGCGGCGUUUGGUCCGCAUGGGACGAGCGCGUUAGAGUCGCGCGAGGCGACGCUGAACAAUGCGCGGCGCAAGCUGCAGGCGGUGUCGCACGCGCUGCAGAUCCCGGAGUACGUGCGCGAGGCGGCGUUCCAGUGGUACCAGCUGGCGCUGUCGAACAACUUCGUGCAGGGCAGGCGAUCGCAGAAUGUUAUCGCCGCGUGUCUGUACGUGGCGUGCCGCAAAGAGAAGACGCACCACAUGCUGAUCGACUUCUCUUCGCGGCUGCAGGUGAGCGUGUACUCGAUCGGGGCGACCUUCCUGAAGAUGGUGAAGGUCCUGCACAUUGUGAAGCUGCCGCUUGCAGACCCGUCGCUGUUCAUCCAGCAUUUCGCCGAGAAGCUCGACCUCGGUGACAAGAAGAUCAAAGUGGUCAAGGACGCCGUCAAGCUCGCACAGACCAUGUCCAAGGACUGGAUGUACGAGGGGCGGCGGCCCGCGGGUAUUGCCGGUGCGUGCCUGCUGCUGGCGUGUCGGAUGAACAAUCUGCGGCGCACGCACUCCGAGGUCGUGGCGGUCUCGCACGUCGCGGAAGAGACGCUGCAGCAACGCCUGAACGAGUUCAAGAACACCAAGUCCGGGAACCUCUCGAUAAAGCAGUUCCGCGACACGAGCACAGAGGAAGAGGUCCAGCAGAGCGACAGUAAGCCGCCAAGUUUCAGGCGAAACAGGCUGAAGGAGACCAAACUGAAGGAGAAGGGCCCCGCGGAGCACCUGGAGACCAGCGAUCAGGCAUUAGCGCGCAACCCCAUUCUGAGCCAGGUUCUGGGCGGGCAAGAGGUGACGUCGAAGGAGGUGUUGUUCUACCUGAAACAGAUCUCGGAGCGCCGAGAGCGCGCCCUGUCCAAGCGCCGCGACCAGGGCAACAAUGACUCACCAGACGCGCACUCGCAGGCUGGCGAUAAGCGUUCGCGAGGCGAUGCCUCGGGGUCAGACUACGAAGACCAGGACGGCUCGCGCCUCGACUCCGAUGCGUCUUCAGAGCAUUCUCAGGGCCAGAUAGACGGGUACUCCCUGGAGACGGACCCUUAUAGACCACGCAACCUGCAUCUGUUGCCCACCUCGGAGUCCCUACUUUCCAAGGUCAGCGACGAUCCAGAAAACCUUGAGGACGUAGACGACGAGGAGCUUGAAGCCCACAUAUUGGACGAGGAGGCAUCGAAGCUGAAGGAGCGUAUCUGGAUCGGCAUCAACGGCGAGUAUCUACUGGAGCAGGAAUCGAAGCGGCUGAAGCUGGAAGCUGAUCUGGCCUCGGGUAACACCUCGCUCAAGAAGAAGCGCAGCAGCAAGAAGCGGAAAACGGAUGCAUCAAACCUUCUCCCAGAGGCUCUUGCUGCUGCUGAUCCGACAGGCAUACAGCCGGCCUUGCAAGUUGCAGAAGCCUCCGGCGACCUCACAACUGCAGAGUCAGUCAAGAAUAUGUUACAAAAGACAAGCUUCUCUAAGAAGAUUAACUACGACGCCAUAGACGGCCUGUUUGGUGGCUAG